GACUUUGAUUGGACUAUUCUUAUGUAUUUAUCUAUGCUUCGAUAUUGUAAAGUGCGGCAUUCGAAGGAUAAGGUAAGGCAAAGGUACAUAGUAGUUUCUUCUAUAGGAAAUUAGAUUUCCCCUUUAGCUAGAAUAAGCGGGAAGAGAUGUGUUGCGAAGGAUUAAGUUACAACAGGGACGUAUUAGCCGCGAGGCAAACAAGGCAUUUGCCUUGGGCGGCAUUUUCCAGGGGGCGGCAAAAAAAAGCAUUUACCAAAUGCCCAGGGUAAAUGUCUUGUUAGCCUUACGGCUAACUAAAAAUCUGGUCGGGCAGUGCUGGCGAGGGAGCACUUUCCCCUGAACUCUCUUUCUGGCUCCCGGCAUCAAUCUGCGGCGUACGAGGGAGCUGAGCAGAGAGCUCACUAAUCAGUGCUCCCUCGCCAGCACCGCCCGCCCGCCCAGCAGCCACUGGACCCCCAGGGAAAGGGAGAAUUUAAAAAAAAGGUGAUUGUGCUACUGUGAGUGAGUGUGUGUGUGUUAGUGUGGGUGUCUGUUAGUGAGUGUGUGUGUGUGUGUGUGUCUGUUAGUGUGUGUCUGUGUCUGUUAGUGAGUGUUUGUGUGUGUGUUUGCCUGUUAGUGUGUGUGUUUGUGUGUGUUAGUGAGUGAGUGUCUGUUAUUGUGUGUGUGUGUGUGUGUGUGUGUGUGUGUUAUUGAGUGUGUGUAUGUCAGGGAGUGUGUGUGUUAUUGAGUGUGUGUAUGUCAGGGAGUGUGUCUGUUAGGGAGUGUGUUACUAUGUGUGUGUCUGUUAGUGAGAGUGUAUGCGUGUCGGUCAGUGAAUGUGUGUGUCUAUUAGUGAGUGUUUAUGUCUGUUAGCUAGUGUAUGCGUGUCUGUCAGUGAAUGUGUGUGUAUUUAGAAGGCGGAGCAGGGGGGAAGAUGGGGUGGCGCGGGGGGGGCACCUGAGUUUUGUCAUGCCUAGGGCAGCACAAAACCAGGAUACACCACUGAGCUACAAAGUAUUCUCUGUUUAAAAUUGGCUAACUUAGUAAUCACUCUCGACGGAGGGUUUUUAAAAGUUUGAAUUGGUUCCAGGUGUGAAAGGAACAAUAUGGGAAUCAGUGGGUAAAUGGGCUUGCCCCCUGCUGAUAACCUGAAUGGCAUGCGUGAAUGUGUGAGGUUUUGCUUACUGAGUGAUCAAGGGAUGGAAUUUGAUAAUAUUCCAUAUUAAUUAAGAAUGAUUGAUUACUAUUGAGCAAAUUAAACUCUUAUAGAUAGUUAAGAUGGUGCUGGCAAGCACAUACAGGCAGUGUCACUAGAUACAUGCCUGGAUGUUACAGAUAUUAAUACACAGCACUAAAACUGUAUAAUGCCACAAAACACAGCAUCAGCGUCACUCAACAUCAAGCUUCUGCGUACAAUCACGAAAAUAGUAUAGUGCUAGCUUAUAGAUAAGAGAGACUAAUCGCACAGACAUGACAUGGCGUUUUUGAUGAUCCUGAACAGCCUGGCCAGCUGCCAGUCCCAUCUAGUGCUUUUGACAGGUCUUUGCUGGGCUGUACUGAUAAAGAAACUUGGUGGAAAGGUACAGACUAUCCAUCCCAUUGGUAAAAAGGUAUAAAAGACGGUGAGACUUGGCACUCACUUGGAGAACUGCCCAUCUGUCAGAUGCGUGUUGCUGGUCUUUGCUGUUCACAGUAGAGAGGGUCCUUCCAAGUCUGACUGCUUGAGUUCCCCCAGUCAUGCAGCGGAGUGACAUCCAAGCUUCUCUAAUGGUGAUGUAUAUUUAAGCUGAUAUCUAGAUAAUUAAGCUGUUCCCUUAAGCUGAAUGCACACUAUAGAUUUAAUAUUAUUACUUAUUAAUUAAGUCUGUGUUAGUCAAUUAAGUUUGUAUUGAUUAUUUACACGUCAUUGGUGUCAGUGUCUUUCUCUUUUUCAAAUACUCAGUUUACUCAUCCUGAAUAGGGUUUUGGUGCCCACCAAUAUCUUUAAAAACUUUGGGGUAAAGGAUUAUUGCUUCUUGACAUUGGUGCUUCAUGAAUUUAAUGAUUAGACACAACACAGGCACUGCAGGAUUUCAGUCCUUCACGGCAUAGUGUGUUUUCAAUUGUUUUCUUGGUGACUAUGGUCCCAGCUGCCUUGAGAUCAUUAACAGGAUACUCCCAUAUAGUUCUGGGAUGAUUCCUCACUGUUCUCAUAAUCAUUGUAACUCCACAAGGUGAGAUCUUGCAUGGAGCACCAGGCCGAGGGAGACUGACAGUUAUUUUGUGAAUAAUCGCACCAACUGUUGUCACCUUCUCACCAAGCUGCUUGCAAUGGUCUUGUAGUCCAUUCCAGCCUUGUGUAGGUCUACAAUCUUGUCCCUGACAUCCUUGGUUUGAUUGCUUCUGUGGACAGGUGUCUUUUAUACAGGUAACGAGCUGAGAUUAGGAGCACUCCCUUUAAGAGAGUGCUCCUAAUCUCAGCUCAUUACCUGUAUAAAAGACACCUGGGAGCCAAAAAUCUUGCUGAUUGAUAGGGGAUCAAAUACUUAUUUCACUCAUUGACAUGCAAAUCAAUUUAUAACUUUUUUGGCAUGCGUUUUUCUGUUGUUUUUUUUUUUUUGUUAUUCUGUCUCUCACUGUUAAUAUACACCUACCAUUAAAAUUAUAGACUGAUCAUUUCUUUGUCAGUGGACAAACGUUCAAAAUCAGCAGGAGAUUAAAUACUUUUUUCACUCCCUGUAUGAAUGCCCAACACUCACUUUGGUUGUUGCAUGGUUGGUCAUUUUGGCGCUGUUUUAUAAUUUAAUAAUUGUUUUUAUUUGAUAGUACGAUCAGUAACAUCUUUAGCUUUUGUACAAAGAACUUGGUUUAUAUUGAGUGCACCUUAAUCAAGCACUUAUUUAUUCACUUUUAUCAUACAUCAGGUAAAGUAAAUUGUAGCUUUCCAAAACUGAUUAUGCUAUAUAUAUAUAUUUCUAGUUUCUCUUUUUACAAUUUUUUUUUCCAAUCGUUAUUUUUAAAAUAUGUAUAACGUAAAAGGAAUAGAUAUAUGUAAAUAAGAGCAGAGAAAAUGUGAGUACAACAAGAUUAUAUAUCAUUAUAUAGUUAUCUAUGGAAUACAUCUAUAUGUAUAGACUUAUGGCCCCACAAAGAACAUAGGGGUACCCCAAACAGUGGAAAAGAUAGGCUUGAGGGGAAAGAAGAGGAUUAGAAAAAUAAAUAUGAAAUAGACAUCAGUCUGCAGGGAUGAAAGCCUGAUACCUAGAGUUAUAAUAACUGUAGCCUGCGUAUAAGUCUCACACCUAGAAAAAACUCUAUACUCAAAUUCUGGAGCACCUAUCAUCAGGUGCUGCUGUUAGGGAUUGCAUACUGUAAAUGUUUUCUACACUAGGCAACCAUUACUGAAGAACUGGCAGGUCAAACUGCCUUCAGAGGGCUAGAACCAAAGGUUUUAAAGGGUUACUCCAUGCACCAUGACUACUUCAGUGAUUUAAAAUGGCCAUGGUGUCUGGAGUCUGUUUGAGCAGUAUUUCACUAUGAAAAAAAAUUCUCUACUGUUGGGGCUGUAAUUUCACUUUCAGCAGCAUCACUGGGGCAUCAUUAGCCAGUCCAGAACAAGAGUUCCGAGAGGCUUAUAUCAAUCCUGUGCAAAAUAGGCAUCUAAUGUCAGCACACACAGCAUGCUGGCACCACACAGCCAAUGGUGGUUUGCCCCCUCCUUCUGUGUCACCCUGUUCUCACAUCUGUCCAUGAAAUGAGAAAAUAGUAACAAAACCAGAAGACAAGGAAGGGAUGAAGCUUCAACAUUAUUAAAGGAUGAGGGAUCUAUUCAAUUCUUAAAAGAGUUCACAGAAAUCAAUGAAAAAAAUGUUAAAUGAUUGCAAGAUUGGGGACUAUUGGAUUGGUUUAUAACAAAAGUGGAAUAUGAUUUGUUCCAAAGAAUAUGUUUUGUUCCAAAGUCUUUCUGUUUUUUUCCUUUUAGGUCUAAAACCAUUUAACCUUUAUGGAGGAGGAUGGCCAAUGACUCGUUUGUACAUUGACUUGGAGAGAAACAUAAAAAUACAGUACAGAAAACAUGCUAACCCUUUCAUAAUGCUUAAUUUCUAUACCUUCAAAGAAGAGUUCACCAUUCCACAUUUAAUUGACCAGAUUGCCGGAGACCAACACACAGUCAUAAUAUUCACUCUAGGCAUGCAUUUCAGACUGUUUCCCAUAAAUCAUUUUCUCCGUAGGGUGAUUAAUAUAAGGAAAGCCAUUGAACGUCUGUUUCUACGAAGCCCUGAAACUAAAGUUAUCAUCAAAACAGAAAAUACCAGUGAAAUGAAUGUGAGGGUGGAAAUGCUCAGUGAUUUCCAUGGCUAUUUACAAUACUUAAUCAUUAAUUCAAUGUUUAAAGACAUGAAUGUUGGAGUGGUCGAUGCAUGGGAUAUGACAAAUGCAUUUGCUAGCAUGAGAAUUCACCCUCAGAAAGAAAUAAUUGCAAAUGAAAUAGAUUUGCUUUUAAAUUACAUAUGUUAACAGCUUUUGCAUUUAGAGAAUCAACAAUGUUAGUCAAUGGAGCUAAAGACACAUUACAAAUAACUGGGUCAUAUGUUGAAUUAGUUGUCCUUAGUCUAUGAUUUGCAUUACAAAAAAAAAUAUGAAAGUAUGUGGAAUAGAGAAAAGAAAAAUAAUGCAACUGUACUUUAAAUUCUACAGAUACACAUCUCAGAUUUAUGCAUUGAGUUGUGAUUUUUUAACUUUUUAUUAUAAAUUCCAGUGUUUAUACUGUUUCUGUUAUGCUGUAUCCUUGGCUGUCCAGGCACAACCAGAUCAUCCCGUACAAAUUAAUUUCACCACCAUGAUAUGGAAAGAAUGUCUGAGUGUGUAUGAAGGCACAUAGAGCACAUAGAGCAUGACAUGAAGUGCGAAGAAGUGCAUUUUAUUCUAACUUCUGAUGUGCUUUUCACUAUAAUAAGUGCUUUAAUAAAGUUUACUGGGAUAAGGGCAUAAGGAACUGUUAAAUUCUUGCUUUUUUACCAACUGCUUUCAAAUGAAUUUAGUACUGCAGAAUUUGCUGGUGCUAUAUAAAUGAUAAUAAUAAUAAUAAUAAUAAUAAUAAUAAUGUGGAGUCUUGUAAUAUUGAGAGCUGUGGUUCCAAAACCAUUCCUUAUGACCUCUAGCUUUUGUCAGUAUUUCCAUUAGAAUUCAAAUAAAAUACAUAAAUCCAAAACUAUUGCUG